UGUGACUGUCGCUGUGGUGGUGAUGUUCGAUGUGUGCGUGGACGUGGAUGGUGGGCGAUCUUGAUCGGCAGCGCCGCGGGCAGCGUUAGUCGCAGCAGAUACGGGUGACGAGCAGCAACGAUCGUUUUUGGAGAGCGCGCCAGGGUUUCCCGAUCCAAACCGUUCCCAACCGAUACGCUACGACCCGAUACGCUAGAGCAAAAAGACCAGCGGAAGAUUAAAAGGCGCGCGCACGGAUCAGUGAAUGCGGUUUAAAUCGGUUCAAUUGCAAACCAUCGAUCGCACGGGAGGUCCGCCAGCCAAGUCAAAAGUAAACCGACAUAAUCCCCAAAAUCAAAGCAUAACAAACCCAUUGUAGUGUCAUUAAGUGUGUGCAGUUCCCGCUUCCCCAAUAAGGUGUGAUAAGUGCGUGAUAAUUUUCGAGCCAACCUACUCGAGAGCGAUCGUUUUGGCCCGAAAAUGUGCUAAUCAGAUCUCAGUCUUGGUUCACGGCAUAGUAGGCAUCGCAGCCCGAUGCUGCCCCGCACAACUGGCGCCAAUUUGUAUACAAAUUUCAUGCCUUAAUUGAAACUCACAUUAUAGCCAAGUGCGAAAAGUUAACGACUAGGUAACCACCGACAAUCCCCAGCAAAGCAGACUCCAACUAUUCCAGCGAAUCCAAUCGGAGAAAGUUCCACGGCAGAGUUGGCGAAAGCAGAUUUGGGUGCCCACAAUUGCAAUUCUGGAGUUCUUCAAUCAACUGCCAUCGGCCGAAAUGGACCCAGAGUCGCAGUGUCCGCAGUAUGGCGAGGUGAACCAGCUGGGCGGCGUCUUUGUCAACGGCCGUCCGCUGCCCAAUGCGACCAGGAUGCGGAUCGUGGAGCUGGCCCGCCUCGGCAUCCGACCCUGUGACAUAUCGCGCCAGCUGCGAGUGAGUCACGGCUGUGUGUCCAAGAUCCUGGCCAGGUACCACGAAACGGGCUCCAUACUACCCGGCGCCAUUGGGGGAUCCAAGCCGCGCGUGACCACACCCAAGGUGGUCAACUACAUCAGGGAACUGAAGCAGCGAGAUCCCGGCAUCUUUGCAUGGGAAAUCCGUGACCGUUUGCUCAGCGAGGGCAUAUGCGACAAAACGAAUGUGCCCAGUGUGAGCUCCAUAUCGAGAAUCCUGCGCAACAAGUUGGGCAGCCUGGGACAUCAGCACACGCCGGGAACAGUGAUGGGCAGCGGAAGCAGCAGCGGUGGCGGCAGUGUGUCCAGCAAUGGUGGCCAAAACAAUGGCACGAGUGCCAGCAAUAAUAUCAAUCUGGGCAAUCUGGGUAAUCCCGGCGGUGGACCGCACCAUCCGCACCACCAUCAUCAUCACCAGUCAGCGGCGGCGGCGGCAAGUGCCCAUCAUGUGCACGCCCACGCCCAUGCCCACGCCCACCUGUACAACUCCAUCUACCAGCCGUACAGUGCUGCGGCGGCAUACAGCAUGAAGACGCCCUGUGGAAGUCCAUCCCCGCCGCAGGGAGCGGGCGGUCAGGGAUCAGUGCCCCAUCCCCACCAGCUGAGGAGUGUGGCCGCCGCAGCCGCUGCCGCCCACUGGCCCUCCUCCCACUCGGUCAGCGAUAUCCUGGCCCACCAUCAGGCUGUUGCCCUGCGCGCCAGUUGCCAGGUGGGCGUCGGAGUGGGUGGAAUGGGCGGCAUGGGCAGUACGGUGUCCCCGCUGCCGAUGACUCCUUCGCCGGUGGCGGGAACGGCCGGUGGUCAGCCACUGCUCGACUGCGAGGGUGGGGCGGGACAGCAGUCGCCGUACAACUACUACAUGUACUUCCAGAACGGCGGGAUGCAUCACCACCAUCAUCACGGCGGAAUGAUGGCCGCCGGAGCCACGGGCUUAUGAGUGGGUGGUGUUUAAUCAGCGGAUUGGUUGCGGGUCUAGCUACUUUCGAUCGCGGUUGUUCAGUCUAGGUUACUCUAGUCUAAGCGCUAGUUAGGGAAUGGUCUCAUGAUGGCGCUCACUUGUCCCUCAAAUUUAAAACAAAUGCACUAAAAGAACUUAUCAUUUUCCCGGAAAUUGUAAACUAAUUUAAACUUUAAACUAUAAAGCUUGCAAAAAAUACUGGUUAGGCAAGUGCAAAUAGAUAAAGUGUCGUAAAACAAUGUGUGCGAGAUGAUUCACCUGAUCUUAAGGUUUGCUUAGUUAUACUACCUGCCCACUAUCUAUCACAGCUAAAAUAUUUGUUAAAAAGAUUUUUCAAGAUCUAAACUAAACUAAAAUGUGUACUAUUGUGUGAUAAGUGAGUGUCAUGGUUGGUUAGGCCUUCAAAUGUGAGUUGUGGGCUGUCGCCAGGACUCAGACCUGGUAAUGUUCGCAUUUCAUAACGAAUUUCAUGUAAUCCUGGAGAUUUAACUUCGCGUUCUUUUUUGUUUCAUAUCUUAUUGUUUGCGUUUUGAGUUCGGGGUGGUCAAAAAUAAAGUGUAUUGCUUAUAAAAAUGUAUUGUAAAGUCAAAAGUAUUGAGUGGUACUUCAAUCGCUUUAGAUGCAUACGCGUUGUAUAGGUUCUUGUUCUCAUGACUACUAUUUGUACAAUAUGCUCAUUAAGUAAACUAGUUGACUAAUUUAUGCUACGAUUACAUCAAUAACAAUUAAACCAAGUGUAACUAUCGAAUAAAAUUGUAUUUUUAAACAA